AUACAAACCAAUUUAGUUUUUAACUUUAGUUUUAGGAAAAUGAAGUUUCCAGUGGUAUAUUUUUUGGCUCUAGUAGCCUUCGGAUCUGCAAGGCAUAUUAGCCUCGAAGAUGUCAUCGAAUUUGAAAGAAAUUCCGCGUAUGGCUAUAUUGAAAAGAUUGGUAAGCCAUACGCCGAUAAGGUUCGGAUAGAGGAAGAAGCUGCUCUGAAUAAUCCAUCACGAAUUAUUGGCGGUUCGCAUGCAGUACUUGGACAGUUCCCUUACCAGGUUGGACUUAUAACGGAAUAUCCACGUGGCAAUUCUAUAGCUAGUGCAGUUCUAAUUUCUUCAAGAAGAGUGCUUACUGCUGCUCACAACAUAAAUGACGCUGUUGUAUCAGUGACGAGAAUUAAUGUUGUGUUGGGCUCCAUUACUAUUUUUUCUGGAGGUACUCGCCUGGUGAGCACAAGCUUCGUUUUGCACGACAACUGGACGCCUCCAGUUAGGAACGACAUCGCUAUCAUCAAUUUACCAUGGGCAGUUAGCUCUUCUAACAUUCUGGCCCCCAUCGCUCUGCCUUCUGGCGCUCAACUGAAUGAAAACUUUGUUGGUGAUAUCGCCAUUGCAUCAGGAUAUGGCUUGACCUCGGAAACUGGUGGCAUACCCGCUAACCAACGGUUGAGUUUCGUCCACUUACCCGUCAUCUCGAACAAUGAGUGUAUUCAAACCUUCGGAUCAACCAUCCAAUCGUCCAAUUUAUGCACGAGUGGCGCUGGUAUUAGGGGUAUUUGCACUGGUGACUCCGGCGGCCCUCUUGCUGUUACAAGAAACAACAGGCCAGUUUUGAUUGGUAUUGCUUCAUUCGGCUCACUCCGUGGAUGUGAAGCUGGUCUACCAUCCGGCUUUGCUAGAGUUACAUCCUUCAUGAGCUGGAUCAACAGACACCUAUAAAAGCUAAAUUCACACAAAGAUUAGUCAAUAAAAAACAACUAAUUAUAUAAAUAAAAUAUUCUUAAAAAUA